UCAGUCCAUUGUAGACUUCCUAUUCCGUGUUGUACAGACUGUGAGACUUGCCUCGCCAAGAUGGCAGUUUUCCAUGUGUGUUUAAGCUGGAUUGCAGAAGCGCUUUUAUUUCUCCUCAUUUUGGUGUUCAUAGCGUUUCUCGGUUAUUGUCUGUACAUUAAAUAUACUCAUAUGAAAUAUGACCACAUACCCGGGCCGCCGAGAAACAGCUUUUUGCUUGGACAUUCACCAACGUUUGUGAAGGUCAUGACAAGUGGCGGAAAUAUACACGAGACAUUUUUGGAAUGGUCUGAGACUUACGGACCUGUUUACAGGAUAAAUAUUCUGCAUAUGGUUAUUAUCGGCGUUACUUGUCCAGAGGCGACCAAGGAAAUCUUGAUGUCCCCAAAGUACCCCAAAGAUAGAUUUCUCUACAAGCGACUCUUCAACCUGUUUGGUCAAAGGUUUUUAGGCAAUGGCCUGGUAACAGCACAGAAUCACGAGUUAUGGUAUAAACAACGCCGGAUCAUGGACCCCGCCUUUAGCAGCUUGUAUCUGAGAGGUUUAAUGGGCACCUUCAAUGAAAGGGCAGAGAAACUGAUGAUUACACUUACAGAGGCUGCAGAUGAAAAAACAGAGGCCAAAAUGCUCCACCUUGUCAACUGUGUCACUCUAGAUGUUAUUACCAAGGUUGCUUUUGGUGUGGAUUUAGAACUAAUGAAGAAUAGUGAUUCACCUUUCCCUAAAGCCAUUGAGAUGUGUCUGAAAGGAAUGGUGUGCUAUGUACGAGACCGCUUUUUUGAGUUUAAACCAAAGAACAGACCGUUUAUGAAUGAAGUGAGGGAAGCAUGCCGCCUGCUGCGCACAACUGGAGCUCAGUGGAUCAAGAACAGAAAGACUGCCAUGCAAAACGGCGAUGACGUACCCAAGGAUAUCCUCACACAAAUCAUCAAAUCUGCUGGCAAAGAGGAAAGCAUGACUAAAGAAGAUGAGGAGUUGAUGUUGGACAAUUUUGUGACGUUCUUCAUUGCUGGGCAAGAAACAACAGCUAAUCAACUGGCUUUUUGCAUCAUGGAACUGGGAAGACACCGGGAUAUACUGGAGAAAGUGACGAAAGAGGUGGAUGAUGUCAUUGGGAUGAAACAGGACAUAACCUAUGACGAUCUCGGUAAACUGGUCUACCUCGGACAGGUGUUAAAAGAGACCCUGAGGUUGUACCCGACAGCUCCAGGCACAUCUCGUGAUAUACUUGAAGACAUUGUCAUUGAUGGUAUCCACAUACCUGGAGGAACCACCUGUUUUCUUAGCUCCUAUGUGAGUUCGAGAAUGGACAAAUUCUUCAAGGACCCACUAAUAUUUGAUCCAGAUCGAUUUCACCCAGAUGCUCCCAAGCCUUAUUACUGCUAUUACCCAUUUGCCCUCGGUCCACGCUCAUGCCUGGGAAAGAACUUUGCUCAGAUGGAGGCUAAAGUGGUGAUGGCCAAGUUGCUCCAGAGGUUUGACUUCACCCUGACUCCGGGACAGUCCUUUGACAUCCUGGACACUGCCACACUCAGACCAAGGAGUGGAGUGGUGUGCCUUAUCAAUCACAGGAAUCACAAGAAAUAAAUGGUCACGUGAGAGGAAAUCAUAUUAUUGCCUGUGGUGAAAUUGGGUGCUUGGUUUCUUUAUUCUAGCUUACUGUUUGCUGCUCUGUGCUCUCAUCCUUUGUAAAGAACAAAGUCUCUGCAAUGCAUGUUAUAAAGGAAUACACAAUAUAUACAAACGAAAUUAUGAUGAUUGUACAUUUAAACUUGCAGCUCUUUAACCCAAUGAGCUAGUACCUAUAACACUUUAUUGAAUUGCUGAAUAUCAUAUUUUUAUACUAAUGAGGAAAAACACUGAUGAAAAUGUAUCAACCAUAAUAGCCUCUUUUAUUGACACAGCAUAGUUUUUAUACUGCCUUUAUUUUUAACUUUAAUAUGCUGAUGACUAAUAUAAUACCUCAAAAUCUGAUUGUAUUUCUUGUUCAGUUUGCUGUGCAGUGAUUUUAUGUCCUCAACCUGCUGUGUUUCUGUCUUUUACUGACACAGGGGGGCGCUGUGACUUUGUAAAAACAAUCUAGGCACCUGUUAAACUGCUGUUUUCAGAUGAUCAAAAGUUGUUAUUCAACUGAACGUUUUUCAUCUUUUCAGACAUCAUUCUGUUGAAAGAAAAUUAUUUUAAUAGGUGAAUAAGGAUUGGGUUGAAUGCUGAUGUCAAUUUUAUUAGGUGGUUUGCUUUUUGAAACAAUUAGAAGGCUAAUUGGGCAAAUUAUUUGCACAGCAGUUGUAUGAUACAUAUUUUUCUGUUUGCACAACGUUUUUGCUUAAAUUGUAAUGAAGUAAUGAAGAACUGACAAAUACAUGUCUAACAGUAAGUUUAUGAAUGUGAUAAGCUACAUAUAACACUCUAAACUGCAUUAAUGUUUGCUUUAUUAAUGUAAUGAUGGAAUAGCUAAUUUAAAAAAUAAACGCCUGAAACUAUAA